AUGCUCUCUGCUGCGACGGCUACCGCACAGCCGAACCAUACAAGUUUGGUUCAGCCCCUAUACACUCCUCUUACCCUAGGCUCCAUCAAGCCGCAGGGAUGGCUCAAGGACCAGCUCGAGCUUGGAGCCAACGGGCUUGGGGGCAACAUGUUCGAGUUUUACCGCUUUGUUCAUAACUCCCGAUGGAUUGGGGGAGAGGACGAGUAUUCCGGACUCGCUGAGGCCUCUCCGUAUUGGUUCAACGGAGUCGUGCCGCUGGCUUUUGGGCUGGAUGACGAUAGAUUGAAGGAUCAGGUUAGGUAUUACCUGGAUUACGUGCUUGACCAUCAGCAGGAGGAUGGCUGGCUCGGAUUCGAGACCACGCCCCAGGAGCGAGGCCUCUGGGGAAGAUGUCUACUCCUGCUCGGUUUGAUUCAAUAUGCGGAAGCCGAUCCGACCCAGACCGACAGGAUCGUCGACGCGAUGCAUCGGUACGUUCGGAUCGCGCAUAGUAUGCUCCAGAACAACUUCACCGGAUUGAUCCAGCACCCUGGCGACACCUUUGAUGCAUCGGGGUUUGGCGCUGGGCGCACCCAUGAGCUUCACAUCCCCUUGCAAUGGCUGUAUGAGAAGUAUCCGCGGAACAAUUCUCGACUGCUCUGGGAGACGAUGGACCUCAUGAUUGCUGGCGGCAUCAAGGCUGAGGCGGACUGGAGAACUUUCUGGGUGCCGGAUGCCUAUCCGAAAGCGCUGAAGGGUGAUGACUGGGACAUGAGCUGGGUUUUCAUUCACGGCGUGAACAUGGCCCAAGGCAUGCAUCUUUGUCUGCGGUACCCCCUGGCUGUGUACCGCAACACGCACGAGGAGAAGUUGAAGACUCAGACGCGGACGGCGUUGGAUCUCCUGUCUCAAUAUCACACAUCGCUGGCCGGAGCCAUCAUCGCCGAUGAGUACAUCACCGACCUGAGUCCCACCAAAGGCUCGGAGCUCUGCAUUGCCGCCGAGAUGAUGUUCUCGCUGAACUGGAUCUACCAGUACCUCGGGGACAACGACAUCGCCGACUGGGCCGAACUGGUGGCAUUCAAUGCGCUCCCGGCUGCCAUUUCCCCGGACUGGUGGGCCCAUCAGUAUGUGCAGCAGGAGAACCAGCCCUAUGCCCAUCCUGUGGACCCUGAAGUGUGGACUAUCAACGGUCCCCGCGCCAACAUCUUCGGCCUCGAGCCGGAAUAUCCCUGCUGCCUGGUCAACCAUCCCCAAGCAUACCCCAAAUUCCUCGCCAACCAGUUCGUCCGCAUCGCCGAAGGUCUCGCGCACAUCUACCUCACCCCGGGCACAGUCUCCACGACCCUCGACAAGAACAACCAGGUCUCCAUCUCCGUCGACACGCAGUAUCCCUUCGCCUUCAACUGGACCUACACCAUCACCAACUCGCAUGCCUUCCCCUUCUCCAUCCGCAUUCCCUCCUGGGCAGGCCCCGAAAGCCGCAUCCAAAUCAACCGGCAAUCUCCCAAGCCCCUCUCCCCCUCCCGCCAGGGACUACACACGAUCUCCAUCCCCGCCAGUUCAUCCCCCACAACCAUCACCCUCACCCUCGCCACCACGCCCCGCGUCAUCACCCUCCCCAACAACACCGCCGCCAUCUACUACGGCCCUCUCCUCUUCGCCCUCGCCGUCUCCAACUCCCCCACCAAAUCCCCACCCAUCGACUACACCAACAUCAACACCACAUUACCCACAAACACCACCUCCCCGGGCCACACCUUCGACAUAACCCUCCACCCGACCUCACCGUGGAACGUCGCCAUCGACCCCUCGCAGAUCGAAAUCGUCUCGAAGAAGGUCGAUCGUCUGCAGAACCCGAUCUGGGACCUUGGGGCGCCGCCGAUCGAGCUGCGCGUGGCGGCCGUGCAGAUCGAUUGGCCGGUCAAGUAUGGGACUGCGGAUGAACCGCCCGUGGAUGUGAAUGUGACCGGGAAGCCGUUUAGUGCAAGGUUUGUGCCGUAUGCGAGUGCGAAGUUGCAUAUGGCGAGGUUGCCGGUUGUGAAGUUGGAGAGGGUCGAUUUGAGGGGUUGA